GUCCGCUCCCGAAAUCCUGGAGCCACGGAUCCGGGAUUGUGUGACAGGCAGCUAGUAAAAAGAUGUGAAGAUGGCGGAGUUACAAAUGCUUUUGGAAGAAGAGAUUCCUGCGGGCAGAGGUGCUUUACUGGACAGCUAUGCGAAUUUAGAGCGGGUCGCUGAAUACUGCGAGAGCAAUUAUAUUCAGUCUCCCGAUAAACAGAGAGCGUUAGAGGAGACUAAAAGCUACACUACUCAAUCCCUGGCCAGCGUCGCCUACCUGAUCAACACACUCGCCAACAAUGUGCUGCAGAUGCUCGACAUUCAGGCGUCUCAGCUACGCCGCAUGGAGUCGUCCAUCAACCACAUCUCACAGACGGUGGACAUCCAUAAAGAGAAGGUGGCCAGGCGUGAGAUCGGCAUCCUCACUACUAAUAAGAAUACCUCUCGCACACACAAGAUCAUUGCUCCGGCCAAUCCCGAGAGGCCCGUACGCUACAUCCGCAAGCCUAUUGACUACAGCCUGCUGGAUGACGUAGGACACGGCGUAAAGUGGUUGUUAAGGUUCAAGGUUAACGCCCAGAACAUUAAGGCGGGCACGACCCCUCGAACAGGUGCCCCUACCCAGAAACCACCCAGCCCUCCAGGUCCAGGGAAGGGCACCCUCGGGCGCCACUCCCCCUACAGGACGCUUGAACCCGUGCGUCCCCCCGUCGUACCUAAUGACUAUGUGCCGAGCCCGACCCGCAACACAGCUCCGCCCCUCCAGAGCCCGGCACGCACCACCUCCGUAAAUCAGAGGACCCGCACGUACAGCAGUGGUAGUAGCGGAGGAAGUCACCCGAGCAGUCGCAGCAGCAGCAGAGAGAACAGCGGAAGUGGCAGCGUGGGCGUGCCUAUCGCCGUGCCGACCCCGGCCCCUCCCACUGCUUUCCCAGGAAACGGGCCUCAGUUCUACAGCAUGAACAGACCAAUAGCGAGGCAAACCGCACCCUCGGUAGGCGGGACUCUGCCGUAUUGCAGGCCGUCUUCGGUCACCAAUCAGCCGAGCAACGUACCUCAGAAUACUCACGCAAACAUGAGCCAGACCCAGCUUAACGGAGGACCACACUACAACCAGAACCAAGCCCCCAUGGCUCCGCCUCCUCCCUCCUUAUUACAGAUCACACCCCAGCUGCCUCUGAUGGGAUUUGUGGCUCGGGUGCAGGAGACCAUCUCGGACGCUCCUCCUCCUCCGCCCCCUGUGGAAGAGCCGGCGUUUGUGGACUCGACUCCACCCCCGCCUCCACCUGAGGACUACGAGGACGAGGAGGGCGACGAGGACGAAGAGUCGGCAGUGGUGGAGUACAGUGACCCGUAUGCCGAGGAGGAUCCUCCGUGGGCUCCUCGCAACUACCUGGAGAAAGUGGUGGCGAUCUACGACUACACCCGCGAUAAAGAGGACGAGCUGUCCUUCCAGGAAGGGGCCAUCAUCUACGUCAUCAAGAAGAACGACGACGGCUGGUACGAGGGCGUCAUGAGCGGCACCACGGGGCUCUUCCCCGGAAACUACGUCGAGUCCAUCAUGCACUACGCUGAUUGAGCCACCAGGGGGCGCUGCUCUCCAUCUCUCAUUCUUUCACUACAAAAACCUCCCCCUUACAUACACACACACACACACACACACACACACACACACACAGACUUAUUAGAUGCGUGACAAAAAGGACGAUACACAUCUGUAUAUUUGUGAAGAAUUUUUUUUUUUCUUUUUCAAAAUUCUGCUUUGACUCAUUAGUGAAGUGUGUGUGUGUGUGUGUGUGUGUGAGAGAAUGUGUUUGUCUUUUGGGAGAUUGAUAUCUGUAAGAUUUAGACUUAAAGAUUUAUAAGAACCGUUUUUGUCUUAAUUUGAGUUUUAUAGAAACACUAAAUAUUCCUGCUGCUGGUUUCACUCGAUUGCUGAAGGACAGGGAGAAGGACGACAUCUCUAGUCUCCUCCUUUCUCCGCUCUCCUGACACUCGGUGUUGUAGACGUGAACACGUGAACACGUACAGCACACGUACUGCGAACCGUUUUCUUUUUCACUACAGAAGGGAGGAGUUUGGACUAGAGCUGGGCGACAAACAGCCAAUCAGAGAAGAGUGAUUGUCAUUGUCUAGAAAAGAGGCGGAGUCUGUUUAAAGCGUUUCAGCUAGCUGCUUUUAAACCGUCGGUUUGUUUCUUAAAGGAAAACUCUACUCUGAAACACACUGCUUCGUGUUGGUACCUAAAAAAAAAUAAAAAUAAAAAUGUGCGCAGUUUCCCUGCCGGUGUGAGAUGGCGAGCUGGAGAGAUGAGAGGCUGAGAACUGAUAAGAAGAAGAACAAACAAAUCACUAAAGCACCGCUGCAUCAGUCUCUUAGAUAGAGACGAAUUCCCACCUCCCAUUGUGGGUUAACUUGUAAUCAAAAGUGUAAGAAGAGUACGUAGAACACACAGAGUGGAGUUUUCCUUUAAUCCUUAUAGACUCCAUUUGCUGAAACCUCGAUCGUCUGCAUUCCCACCCCCCCAUCCUCCCUCCCCCAAUCCUCCUCCUCCUCCUCCUCCUCCUCACUCCUUCUAUUACACUUUGACACUUUGCAGUCUUUAGUGGUAGUUUAUACCAAAGGAUUCCGUCAGAUGCGCUCCUUCAGUGAAGAGACAGGACCGGAUACAGAUUCCUUUGUACCAUCCACACCUUUUACCUGUGUGUGUGUGUGUGUGUGUGUGUGUGUGUGUGUGUAAAGCUAUAAAAUUAAGCACGUGCCAUAAGGAAGUGUCUCUAGCUAGUCAGAGAUGUCUAUGAAGAAGAUUCUUUACGAUUGUUUUCUGAUUCCCGACGUUUGUGUUUGCGUGUGGGGGCAAGAAACUGAAGCUCUAGAAUAAUGUCAUUUUUUUUUUUUUUUUUUUUUCUUCAAGCAUUAUUUCAACCAGGUCUGGACUUACAAAUACAACACUACGUGUAUGUGACACUAUAUUGCUUAUUAUUAUUAUUAUUAUUAUUAUGGAUAUUAUUUUUAACGAUGACGACACGUCGGUGUAUAUGACAGAUGUAAGAUUUAUAGAAACACCCUUUUCACCUGCAAUAAACGUUCGCACAGAUAGAAGAAAGCACAAGAGGUUGUAAGCGGAAAAGAAAGAAGAAAAAAAAAAAAACCAGCCCAAACUGCUGAACGUCCUCAGAGCCGGGGUUUGUUCUCCUCGUUCUAUUUAAAGUUUAUUUUUUACACUAUGAGGUACAAUGAUGUGUGUGUGUGUGUGUGUGUGUGAGAGAGAGCAUGAAUGUGUCGUGUGGUCCUGAUGUUUGUGAUCUAUUUGCUCGCCUGUGCAGAUGUUCGAUGGCAGGUUUGUGACCGUGUGUGAACCGACUCCUGCAUGUUGGAUCGUUUCUGUGACUUUUAUUAUUAUUAUUAUUUUUCUGCUGAUGGAGAAUAAACUGGAUCGAUCUAGUCUGCACAACUCACACAACGUGCAUCACGUGUCCUGUUCAGUCCCUCGACAGUUUUUUUAUGUGAUAUUUUAGACACUUUUCACUUGAAUAUAAAGAACAAAAUUCUUAUUAAACCUCUCAUACAUGUUA